ACUGUUUUGCUCUUUCUUCUACAAUCUUCUGACCAUCUUUACCAAUUGUUGAGAGAGAGAGAGAGAGAGAGAGAGAGAGAGAGAUCGGUUGUCUGUGAUUGCUUCGCACGAGGAGGUAGUGAGGUAGAUCGGAGGGAAAGUUUGAAUCCUCAAUCCUGGUUGAGAGAGAGAGAGAGUUAGAGAGAUCGGUUGUGUUUGUUUGCUUCGGACGAGGAGGUAGAGAGAUAGAUCGGAGGAAAAGUCUGAAUCUUCAAUCCGAGGGGAGAAAGGAAGAAACAGAAGAAGAAGAAGAAGGGGGGGACGGGAAGGACAGAAGAGGCAGAGAAAUCCAAAAGAGGAGAAGAACUGCUCUACUUCACUGAUUCAAGGAACUUUAUUUCUUCCGUGACUUGGCAUAUGAGUAAUUGACUGCAAUACUUUGAAGACCACAAUAAAGUUCGUUGGUUUGCUGACUUCUCCUUUGGUUUGAUCAAAGGCUGUGGUUUUGGUGGAUUUCGACAGAUUGAGGAUUGCAGGUUAUAUGCAAAGGAGUAUCUACAUUGUUCUGUUGCCACUGUUCCUAAUUCUGUUGUUUGGUGUUAGUUCAGUGCCCAGUUUUCAUUCAGAUAUCAGGAAUAGUGUGUUAUCUAAAACUACAAGUAUUUCAAAUUCAGUAAUGGGACCAAAACCAAUGUUUAGAAGAACAAAGAGGGAUACAAGUGAACACGCAAUUCGGCAAAGAAGAACUAAAUCUAAUUGUGUUUUGUUCGGUGGACAUCAAUACGAUGAGGCUAGAUCAAAGAAAUCGAAAACAAUGUCUGAUGUCCAAAUUGCUGAAAGAUCAAAUCAAUCUGGGAAUAUUGAUGGAUUUGAGUACUAUGAUGAAUGGUUUAGGAAUCAGAACCAAAAUAAUUUCUGUAUGGAUGACAACGGACGCUCUCCUUCAACUGUGGUUGCACAAGGGAAUCAAUAUAGUGCAAUUAACUCGAGGAGGUGGAAAACAUUAUCUCAACCAAUAAUGACAAGAGAGAAUCAGCUUGGGGAAAUGAGCAAUCCGAAUGUUGACAUAAUGGAAAAUCGUGAUCAACAAGAGGUUGUUCAGGUCACAGAUGAAUAUCAAUAUUCAUACGGUCAAGCAUCAUAUCAAAGAAGUAAACAAGGAUCCGCUAUUGCAUAUGAAGAUUCAGGAAUCAGCAACAGUGAAACCUCGGUGAGAGCUCAAUUUUUUAAAUCAAUAUCAACACAAGAGUUACAGCAUUUGCUAAAGAAAAGUUCUCCAGAUUUUGAUCGUAAAUCACUGGAGUAGCAAGAUUUUGGUCUACUUUUAAAGCAGAGUUUGGGGUUUGUUUUGGAAAAGGUUGCUGCUAGAAUGUUGAUCGAGUUUGAGAGCAAGCUUUCAAUAGGUGUCAAGCUCUGGGUAUGGUCACAAUCUGAACUGUUCAAAGGUGCAAUCAUUCAUCUUUGGGAAUUCUAUCUCAACCUGGUCGUCUUCUUUACAGUUGAGGUUUAGUUUUACCCUCUUUUACAGGUUUAUCUGUAAAAAUUUACUGAUCAAGUAAAACCCACAUCAUUCACUUCUGUGUUGAAUUUCUGAAUAGCUGACGUUCUUGAAUACAGCCAUAUAUAUCAUAAAGAACCAAGAGAGAGAGGUGGAAAGUUGUUACUCAAACCGAAACAAAUAGAAGAUAUCAAGUGCUCAACAAACCAAGAGAGGCCAACACCUUAUGAAAUGAAUAUCUAAAAGCAUCAAAAGACCAUUCUACCUACAACCACUCUUUAGCUUGAGACCGAAACGCAAGACAGACCUAAAGAAUAGUUUAUCCCUUCCUCGGGGCCGAAUUAUAAUAUACAUCAAUGUUCAUUCAGAUUGGUGGAACUUAGGAAUAAGGUCAUCGCUUGAGAAGGGAUCACAUUGGAAGUUUUAGGCUUCGUUUCUGUUUCUUAGUAUUGAAUGCAAUUUUACCAUGUUUCAUUCAUGCUCGGGCUAUUUAGUUGAUGGGCUGGAUGUUUCAACUUAAAAGCACAUCAACCAUAUACCAUCUUUGGUUUAGUCUGUAGCAAAGCAGAACAUAGAUAUUUUGAUAUCUGUUCGCUUGCAUUGUGAUGUGAGUAUCUGUCUUAAUUUGGACUGAAUUUUUUUUGUCAUAAUUCUAGCUCUGAAAUCUUAGAAUAAAAGCACCAAAAGCCAUCUCUGGAAUCGUAUAAUUGUCAAUACUGAGAGACUACAUUUUGUAUCCAGUAGUAUUCAAAUGUAAUAUACGUAAUUAUUCAAAAUUAGAUCACUUUGAAACAAACUGCAAACAACAAUUGCUCCGCAGCAAAGCGCGGGCACGUUUUCUAGUUUUACAUAUACUAAAGCUCCUACACUGUUCAACUAACAGUGAUUUGGCUCCAAGUGAUUUGACUCUUUUGCCCUCGCUUCAGAUUUUUUUUUUUCCGGCUCUACCUCGGUUCUGGAUAUAUCCUAUCUUUGCGUCGUUUUGCUCUUUCUUCUACACUCUUCUGACCAUCUUUACUAAUUGUUGAGAGCGAGAGAGAGAUCGGUUGUGUUUGAGGUAGAGAGAUAGAUUGGAGGGAAAGUUUGAAUCCUCAAUCCGGGUUGAGAGAUAGAGAGAGUUAGAGAGAUCGGUUGUGUUUGUUUAGAUAGAGAGAGUUAGAGAGAUCGGUUGUGUUUGUUUGCUUCGGACGAGGAGGUAGAGAGAUAGAUCGGAGGAAAAGUUUGAAUCUUCAAUCCGGUAAUUGUCUCGCCUAAUUCUCAGGGCUGGUUGCACUUGGAUGUGAAUAUUGUGGGUUUUGUUUAAAGUUGUGGUCUUUCGAUGGAAACUUGGGGCCUCCGAUUUGUGAAUUUUUCAUUGCUUUGAUUUUUGGUGAAAUUGGGUUUUUGGUUUGUUUGUUUGAUUUGGUUUUUUUGCUUCAUUGUUCCUGGUUUCUGUGAUAAUAGUGUUUGAUUGUUUAUUCUAAAUAGGAGUCUGGGUUUUGGGUUUCUUGCCUUUGUUUUUGUUCUGAUCGAGUUUCCAACCUUGGAAUUGAUUGUAGGCUAUGUAGAAAUCUGAUGGUAAGAACCCUCUUCUUAUUGUUUCUUCUUUUCAUGAUUAGAGUAAUCAGCAAAAGAAGAAGUGGUUUCAUUUUCAGCAAAAGCAAAAUAAGAAUUGGGGUUCACUUGAUUUGAUGGCUUCAAUUGCAUGAUGCCUGUUUUCAUUUUUCUUUUUAUUAUGAACAGACAUAAUGUUUAACCUUCUACUUAAAUGCAUUAUUCGGGGGUGAAGCUAUUUGGUUGGCAUUGAUUGCUAUUGAUCUUUCUUCUGUUAACUGAAGCUUAUCUGAUUCAAUUCUUAAUGUAUGCGAUUUGGUUUCUUUGUGUUCCACUGGUGAUAAUGUGUUU